GACCUGUCCCAAGAUGGCGGCUGGCAGUAGCGACGAGGAGGACGAGGACCUGGUGACCGUCGGGACCCCGCUGGAGCUGCUGGAAGAAGGUGAGCGCAUUAAGAAGCCAGUUCCUCUCCAAGACCAGACGGUCAAAGAUGAGAAGGGGCGGUAUAAACGAUUUCAUGGUGCGUUCAGUGGUGGUUUCUCAGCUGGCUAUUUUAACACUGUCGGAUCCAAAGAAGGAUGGGCACCAUCAGCCUUUGUGUCAUCUCGCCAAAACAGAGCAGAAACGAAAGUUCUCGAGCCAGAAGAUUUUAUGGAUGAAGAAGAUCUUGGUGAACAUGGCAUUGCACCAAAGGAAAUUACAAUCACGGAUGCAUUUGCUUCCCAAAGCAAAGACAAAAUCCAGGAGAAAGCCAGACAGCUAGCAGGAAUAGUUGCACCUAUCCCUGGAGCUACAGUAUUGGAUGAAUUCAUCACACCUGCAAAAAUAACAAUUGGGAUUGACUUGUUGCGAAAAAUGGGCUGGAAAGAAGGACAAGGUGUUGGGCCCCGAGUAAAGAGGAAGCCACGGAAGCAAAAACCUGAGCCUGGAGUAAAAAUAUAUGGCUGCGCUUUGCCUCCGGGAUCUGAAGAUUCAGAGGAAGAAGAGGAUGAAUACCAGCCGGAAAAUGUGACCUUUGCCCCCAAAGAUGUGAUGCCGGUAGAUCUGACUCCGAAAGAAAACCUCCAUGGCCUGGGUUACAAAGGGCUGGAUCCCAACAAAGCUUUAUUUGGCACUUCAGAAGAACCUUUCAAUCUUUUCAGCCUCGGCCCUGGAAAUUUGAGUCAUCUUGGGGAUGUACGGCAUGGUAAAGGACGGAAACUGGGCAUUUCAGGACAGGCCUUUGGGGUUGGUGCUUUGGAAGAGGAAGAUGAAGAUAUUUAUACAGUCGAAUCCCUUUCCAAGUAUGACAGCGUUUUGAAAGACGAAGAGCCAGGAGACGGGUUAUAUGGUUGGACAGCCCCCCAUCCUUAUAAAAGCAAACCAGGAAGAGAGAAAGAAAAGAAGUACCUCGGGAAAAUUUUGGAUGGCUUCUACUUGGCUUCUAAAUCGAUAACUCCUGCCAAGACUUACCCUCCACCAGACCUGCCCAGAGACUACAGACCAAUCCAUUACUUCCGACCUGUGAUAAAAGCUACCGCUGAAAACUCCCACUUACUACAAGCCUUGGCAGAAUCCACAGGGAAGCUUCUGAGCGACACAGCAAUCCAGAGCAGACACCAGAAAACCGCUUCCGAGAGAAGGGAAGUGCUGGGCGAAACCGCUCUGAAAGGCCCAACCGCUUCUGUUUUAGAAUAUUUGUCAGAUAAAGACAAAGAAAGGAUCCAAGAAGUGAAACAGGCAAUACAACCACAACGGAAAGCUGACACCGUGCCACAACAGUCUCCCUAUAACAAACCCCACGCUCCUCCUGCCUCUGAUGUGCCACGUAAGUGGCAAUUGAUGCUGGGGUCGCAGUUAUCUACAACUGGCUCAACCGACUUCAAACCGUUUGCCAGCAACCCAGAAAAGCAAAAGAGAUAUGAACAUUACUUAGAAAAUCUUGCAUGUGGGAAGAAAGAUGUGCCAGAAAGCUGUCUAGAUGCCAGUAUGACAGAGUGGGAGCGCGGUAGAGAACGGGAAGAAUUCUCUCGUGCUGCUGCAUUCUACAAAACCUCCAGCUCGAUUUUGUCUUCAAGGUUUACUACUGCAAAGUUGGAGGACGAUACUGAUAAAGUAGAUGUUCCUCGCGAUGAAGAGACUAACGUUGACGACAAAGCAGCCGCUGCUAAGAUGAAGAUGUUUGGAAAGCUGACAAGGGAAAAAUUUGAGUGGCACCCAGAUAAGCUUUUGUGCAAAAGGUUUAAUAUUCCUGAUCCCUAUGCAGAGUCAUGUAUUGUUGGAUUGCCGACAGUGAAACGUGAUAAGUAUUCUGUGUUCAACUUCUUGACCGUUGCUUCAGAGUCCGCGUCAGGGAUACGAAAUCAACCAACGAAAACAGGAGUGCAACAAGAUAAUGUUCCUAACAAGCCAAAGAAGUCUUCCAGAUGGGAUGUGCCUGACAAAGAGAAGAAGAAGGAUACCAUCAGUGAAUUUAUAAGUUUGGCUCGAUCAAAAAUUGAUGUUCCGGAGCAACUCCCCAAAGCAAUUGAAGAGAAGGCCAAACACGGGACUAGUGACCUUGUUCCCACUCAGCCAUCAGGCCUACCCAGUGGCCCAAGUGAAGCUGCCGUGGAAGAAGAAAGCCGGCCAUCCAUGGAUUUAUUUAAAGCCAUCUUUGCCAGUUCCUCGGACGAUACGUCCUCUUCUGAAGAAGAGAGUGAGGGAGAGGAGCCAGCUGCGACAGCCCUGGAAGGAGAGUCCAAAAACCCAAAGCCUUGCGACUCACCUGGGGUUCCAUUACCUGUUGCUCAAGAAACUGAAGUUACACCUGAGAUUUUUGAUACUAUAACUCCAACCUCAAAGGAAGUAGUUGAUCAAGGAGAAUUUGGACCAAGAUUGCCUCCUGUUGCUUAUUCUGGCACAGCUGAAGUGGUUGCAGAACAGAAGCCCCAAAAGAUCAAAGAAAAACACAAGAGAAAAGAACACAAACACAAAAAGGAAAAGGUAAAGAAAAAGAAACACAAGAAAUCCAAACACAAGGGCAAGCACAAGAACAAGAAAUCCGAGAAGAACAGCAGCUCAGACACAGCUGAGAGCAGAGACAGCAGCAGCGAGGAAGGAAAGACGAAUAUAUCACCCCAGGAACUUUUAAGAAGGAUGAAGAAUUUUCCACUUGUAAAGUGGUAGCUUGGGUUGCAUUUCUGGACUCAAAACAGAUCUCCUCUAUGAUGGCAGAUCAUCUAUAUAAAGCAUUGUUAAUGUCCUGUAAAUACAGCAUUUGUCUUGGAUUUGUUUAUUUCUUUUAAUUUUGAAGUUUAAAAAGAAAAAACCAAAAUUCUGCACAGUGCAAAAGAUUCUAUUCCGCGAGAGACAAUGAAAAUGCUGCAUUUUAAUGAUAAAAAGCACGAGAAAAUUUUAAAUAAACUGCGUUUACUGAUCUUCCACGCAA